GGGUUUGCUUAGUGGCAUAAUACCUUAACUCAGAAAUAUCCUGAUUUGCAUUUCAUGAUCGGAGGAGAGGGGCCAAAGAGAAUUAUUUUGGAGGAAGUACGGGAAAGAUACCAGCUACAUAACAGGGUGCAUCUUUUGGGAGCUUUAGAUCACAAGGACGUUAGAAACGUCUUAGUGCAAGGACAUAUUUUUCUGAAUACCUCUCUCACGGAAGCAUUCUGCAUGGCGAUUGUGGAAGCAGCCAGUUGCGGUUUACAGGUUGUGAGUACCAGGGUUGGUGGAAUCCCUGAGGUCCUUCCUGAAGAUCUCAUUAUUUUAUGUGAGCCUUCAGUAAAAUCUUUGUAUGAUGGAUUAGAAAAAGCUAUUCUCCAAUUCAAGUCAGGGUUACUGCGAGCUCCAGAAGAGAUCCACAACCUAGUAAAGACGUUCUACGCCUGGAGGGAUGUUGCAGAGAGAACUGAAAGGGUUUAUGACCAGGUGGCUGGGGAAGCUGUGUUGCCCAUCAUCAAACGGCUGGACAGGCUCAUCUCUUGCUGCACCCCAGUAACAGGCUACAUUUUGGCCUUAUUGGCUGUGUUCAGCCUUCUCUUCCUCAUUCUCCUGAGAUGGAUAACUCCAGAUUCCAUCAUUGAUGUUGCAGUAGAUGCCACGGGGCCAAAGAGCUCGUGGACUCUGCAGCAUCCUCGCAGAGCAAAACUGGAUGAGGAUGAUGGCAAGUCUGAAACCAGGUAGAAGAGAACCAGCGCUGUAAAGAUCUGAA